AUGGACAUGAGGAUGUUUGUUAGCAGCAGGAGAGUCAAAAGAUGGCAGUUCAUUCAUUUAUUUGCCACUUGUUUUAUACUAAGCCUCAUGUGUUUUUGGACCUCGUUUGAUAAUCACAUCCUGAGCCAUAUGAAGUCCUACUCUUACAGAUACCUCAUAAAUAGCUACAACUUUGUGAAUGACACGUUGUCUGUGAAGCGCAACUCGGAGGACAUGCCUAGCUUCCAGUACUUGAUUAACCACAAGGAGAAGUGUCAAGCACAAGACAUCCUCCUUUUACUGUUUGUAAAGACUGCUCCUGAAAACUACGAACGGCGUUCUGCGAUUAGAAAGACGUGGGGCAAUGAGGAGUACGUUCGGUCUCAGCUUAAUGCUAACAUCAAAACUCUGUUUGCUUUAGGUACUCCUUCCAAUCCACUGAAGAGGGAAGAAUUACAGAGACAACUAGCUUGGGAAGAUGAAAUGUAUGGCGAUAUAAUUCAGCAAGACUUUGCUGAUUCUUUCUACAAUCUUACUCUUAAAUUACUUCUUCAGUUCAGUUGGGCAAAUACAUUUUGUCCACACGCCAAAUUCCUUAUGACUGCUGAUGACGACAUAUUUAUUCACAUGCCAAAUCUUGUCGAGUACCUUCAAAGUUUGGAACAAAUUGGCAUUCAAGAUUUUUGGAUUGGUCGGGUUCAUCGUGGCGCCCCUCCCAUUCGAGACAAAAAGAGCAAGUACUAUGUCUCUUACGAAAUGUACCAGUGGCCAGCUUACCCUGACUACACUGCUGGCGCUGCCUACGUGAUCUCCAGUGAUGUAGCUGCCAAAGUCUACGAGGCAUCACAGACGCUUAACUCUAGUCUUUACAUAGACGACGUGUUUAUGGGCCUCUGUGCUAAUAAAAUGGGGAUAGUACCACAAUACCACGUGUUCUUUUCUGGGGAAGGUAAAACUCCCUAUCAUCCAUGCAUCUAUGAUAAAAUGAUGACAUCCCAUGGACAUGUGCAAGACCUUCAGAAGCUCUGGGAGGACGCCACAGAUCCUGAAGUAAAAACGAUUUCAAAAGGUUUUUUUGGUCAAAUAUACUGUAGGUUAAUUAAGAUAGCUCUCCUCUGCAGACUGACCUAUGUCGACACUUACCCUUGUAGGGCUGCGUUUGUCUAGUAGUACUUGAAUGUUGUCUGUUUUCACUGUCACUGAGCCAAACCUGGAUGAAAAACUUUUCAGUGUGUGUCUAUACCCGAAGCAAAGUGAAUACAGGAGACAGAGAAAUAUUUUGAAAGCCUAGUCUAUCAGAACAUUUCUUUGCGUCUGGAAGCUGUUUAAUAUAACUUACCAACUUCAUUGCCUAAAUUCAUUUCAAAGGGUUUUGUGUUCAGAAAAGGUUUAUAUUUUUAAUGAAAACAAAAAACAAAGGGAAACUCAAGUUCUCACUUAAUGCCAGUGUAUAUGUAAGUGUGGUGGUAGACCAACUGCUUCUGGAAAAUAAGAGGUGAAUGUACAGUAUAGCAUUUCAAAGAAAUGAAUAUAUUGUUGGACCAGGUAUACAGGUUUACUUUUAUUAAAGAGCACUUGGCAGAGGUGGCAGGGGGAGGGAGUGUUGGCACAGGAGAAAGUAUGUGAAUCUGGUAAAAGAAAACCUCUUGUCGUUGAGAGGUGGUUUAGAAAAGUAUACACAUUUUGUGACAAACAUCCAAAUCACAUAUUGUCACAUCCAUGUAGCUACUGUACCCUAACAGUGUUGGACUCAUUGAAAAUAUGUUUAUGUGUUUUUUUCAAAGCAAAUGUGAAAUAUGAGAAAAGUCAUUAAUUCUACCCUAACUGGUUCUUUAUGUGGCUUUUUUUGAAUAUUAGAAAAUGACACAGAACACAGGCAGUUUGUUACCCAUAACUUCCUUCCCUAGGGAGGAAUCGUUGUUAAUUCAAAUAAGCUGAUUUUAAUUUAAUGCAUUUUCAACCGGUUUUUAAAUAUACAAAAGUGGUCUGUACUUAGGGUAAUUAUUUAAAUGCAGUGUGCAGAGAAGAAUAACGGAGAAAGCUUCAAAAGGGAAGACAGAAUAUUAAAAGCCUCCCUCUCUACAUAAUCUAUAAAAUAUAAUUCUUUGUGUCUAAAUCAUUGAAAUUAUUACUAAAAUCAGCCCACCCCUCCCUGACAAGAUGUCAUAAACCAUAGCUUGUACUUUGUGCUAAGUUCAGGUUUUUUAAUUGAGAGCAUUAAACAUCAAUUCAAAGCAGAAGUAUCUUUACAAAAUCUAUUCUUUCCUCAAAAUAGCCAUUAUAGAUGAUCUUCAUCUUUUAAAUACUUCCAACUAGAAAGCGGAAUGAAAGUGAUAGAAAAGUCAGCAGGAUGAGGCUAACGCAUUUGUAAAGCGGCAUAUUUCUUGUACUCAAAGAGAUGUGGCUCUAACAUUAAGUCGCAUUUAUUUUGUAAACACCAAAUCAAGCCCAUUGCCAUUGAAUCAAUUCCAACUCAUAGCGACCGUAUAGGAGAGAGUAGAACUGCCCCAUAGGGUUUCCAAGGAGCGGCUGGUAGAUUCUAGCUGCCAACCUUUUGGUUAGCAGCUAUAGCUCUUAACCACUGCGCCACCAGGGCUCCUUUAGGGCAGGAUUAAAAAUGUGGCUGUGAUACAACCAACCUCCCCUCACCAUAGAAAGAACUAGGUGAUGGCUAUUGUUAGGAGGGUUAGAUAAAGGCCAAAAUAGUGACAGCAGCAAAAGUGGGUGAACUGAUUGUAAAAUCUUUGGCUGCAGAGAAACUCAUUGAGAAAAGCUAGGAUCCCUCUUUCAUAAGAUGAUGUCCAAAGCACACAAAACGGAAGGAUUCUCAGUAUACGCAACUGGAUCAUAGCUAUAAUCUAGCAGGCAGCUUUUUAAUGUUUACAGAAAUUUUUUGUUAAUUUAUUUUCUAUUUUGGAAAUUGAGGCUUGUUUACAUUGCUCAGAUAACUUAGUAUUGUUUAACCAAUGUGAAAAUGAUGGUGUCAAACAUUCUAGGUUGUGGUUCAGGGAUUUUGGAUCAUUACAGUUUAAUUUUUCUGACUCAUUUUUAAAACUGUAGAGAACCGAAGCAUAUUUUGACAAGACAAUUUAAAAUUAAUUUUUAUUGGUUGAUUCUUAAAGAGGCAUUUAUCUUUUGGCCACGUAUACCCUGUGUAUCGACAUUUGUUAACUUUUUAAAUUUGCCAUUGGUUGAAAACAUCAUGUCAUCUAGCUGUGGAAAUGAUCUUGUUUACAGCAGUACUUUUGUGAAACAAUUAUUUAUUUGCUGAAAGAGUUCUCCUGAACUGUGUUCACUUUUUAUUUUUGCUUAGAAUAGAAUGCAAUGGGUUUAAAUUUGAAGGAAAUAUGAAGACACUUCCUUAUUUUAAUAAGAGGAAGUUGCUAGAUGCUUCCUUAAUCAGACUUAAAAUACUGAGAAGAGUAUUGUAAAUAAAAGAUCUCCAACUUUUUAAAAAGGAAUGGAAGAGAAAAAAAAAAAAAAACUUUUUGGUGCUCCAAUACAGGGUUGUCUUUUUAAAUAUGUCAAGAAAGGGG